UCCUGCUUCAUAGACAAUAUUUAUUGAGAAAAUGCCUCUGUUGUCGGAUUUGGUUAUUGUAGCAGAUACGAUCCUAAAACUAUUAUUUGUGUUCAUGUAAAUAGGAAGUUGUAAUCCUUACUCAGUUGACAAAAUUUUCGAAUUAAAUAUAGUUGUAAUUUUGAAUUCAAAAUAACGAUUUCCCGCCAAUUAAAUUCAAAGCUUAUGGCAACCUUGCAACUGUUUGUCGACAGCUGAUUGUCUAUUUUGAGCACGAAAUUUGAUUGGCCCGACUCUAGGCAAGCACAAUUACGUCGAUCCUUGUUGAAAUGGCGGCAAGGCAAUAAAUUCGCAGGGGAUUCACAUGGACGCCGUUGGCUAAGGCGUUUAAUGCGUGUCCGGGCAGAGCAGUUUAUGAAUGGAGCCGUUCUACCCAGUGCAUUGCCGCAAAGCCAUGUCCCUGAAGCCAUUGAAAAUUGUAAUAUACGUUAGAACGCAUAUCGACUUUAUCUGCAACCGACAGAGAACCAGGAGGAACUGCAGCGCAGAUCUGUUGCGAUGCCGCCAUGAGCUGGCCCGCAGUUGUGGUUUUUACUUUCCCGGCAAUUCACACUGUUGCCCGUCACUUUCAGUCUCACCCACCAAUUUCCGAGAAUUUUCUUUCAAGCAUUUUUUGUUAUCUGCGAUAUACACUACCAGGAUCACCAGCAUCAGCACCAACGCCAACACCAGGCGAUCAGUGCAGGGAUGCUACUCUGGCCUUCUCUCUGUUAAAAUCCCUGCUCUCCAGCUUCGCUCCAGCCACUUUUUGGGAUACGGAGCCGAGUAUUACGCCUACAUCGUUUCGGAGACAAUCGCGUCCUUGUACUGUUUGAGGUAAUUUAUAGCAACGCCUUCAACCAAAACGCAGACAGAAAGUACCGCACAGAAACUUUGGUGACCAACUUUAUGCAAGGCGAAAUGAAGCCUUGCAUAUUGGCCUUGAUCUUGAUAUUGACAAAGACGAGGCAAAAAUCAAGAAGCUGAUAAUCAGUUGUCCUAAUCUCCUCACAUUUUUAAGUUGUAUAAGCAUAUUAUACUUAAUUUAUGAUAUUUAACUUAAAGUAAAUUAAAUGAUUUCUCACUAAACAAUGUAUUUGCGAAGUAGUAUUAAUAACUCUAUUCUAUUUGCUAAAAAAUGUCAAAUACCCUAAUACAAAUAUUACCUUAAUACAAAACUUUCGCUCAAACUCACUGAUGCACAGGAGCAUAUGUUGUAAGUAUGAUGUACUACCCUGUGCACUGUCAAAGUAGUUACAACUUUUUAUUAAAUAAAGAUUAUACUUUUUAAUUACUUAAAAA